AACACAUCUAAUGGCGGAAAUGGACAUCCCUACAUGAAAACUCAAAAUUGUUGUUUUCAUAAAAAGCCGAUUUGCUGCUCCGGCCUCACUUUAACGUUAAAACAUGGGGAAUGGAAUGAACAAGGUAUGAAAUCUCCUCUUCGUUUCUCUUUUGUAAUAUUCUUGCGUUUUUCGACAAUAUUUCCAACUUUGACAUCGUCUGUACCGCUGGUGUGGAUUGCAGAAUUUAUUCUAAAAAGCUGUCGAUCGCAGCAAAGUUCUGUGUUAUUUUCUCUUAUUGAUUGGGAAGCCAACAGUUGUAAAAAGGGUUUGUGUUAAAUGCAGGUUAAAAUUUUUAGUAUGCUUGUUAUUCAAAGACGGGAACAUGGUUUUUUGCGCUCAAAUUAAGGCAAACAUAAUUCAUGUUUCUCUUCCAAAAUCUAAGUAAGUAGUAUUUUGAGUGAGAUUCUGUACAUUUAGUGGUCAGUUAUGGUAUAAAGAGGUCUUGUGUAUCGUCUCUUAUAAUACCCCUAAUCUGUGGAACGUGUUAGUGGUCAACCUGUUUCAAGCAGUCACCCCGCCCGCUAAAUACAGGUUCGCCUGUACAUCUCGGUCUGAAUAUCUCAGUAAAGCUUCAUAAAAUGUUAAUCAACUCAUUUGUGUUAUUUAUUCGCCUUCAUGGGUGAAAUUACCUAUGGCUGGAGGCCGUUAAGAGAGGAAAGGGAGAAAGAGCUCGUGACUUGGCAGCUGUAGGCCACAACAUCCUCCACUUCAAACUGGAAUUCAGGCCAAACUGUUGAAAAUCCUUCCUAACUGUGACUGCUGUUGAUCGUUGAGGUGUUGCUCUAUCCCUUCCCCAAAUUUAAGCUUCAAAGCUCGAAUAUUUUUUUAGAAAAUCAAUGCUGAAAUCAUGAAUACAGCUUUCUGGAUAUGAUUGGGGCCAAACUCAGUGACAAGAGGAAUUCAUAGCAUGCAAGCCGUUUCAAAUUUACUAAUCAGCACCUGGCAUCCUACAGUAGCCCUGUGCAGUUGAUGUCGAUGCACUUUAGGAGCUCUAUCAGUGAGGGGCUCAAAAAGUAGGGACUUCAUGCAUUACACUGGCAUGAUACUGGCUCUGUAAAAAUAUCAUGGCUACUUGCAUAGUUCUCCUUUUGAAUCCAAAGACUCAUGUUUGUGAUCACUUUAUUUUAUCUUAAACAGGUCCUUCCUGGACUUUAUCUUGGCAACAUCAGAGGUUUGACUUAAUUUAUUCUAAAUAAUUAAUCAUUUUACAAAAGUAUUUUGAAUACUAAGCAAUUUAAGGUUUGAUGUAAAUUUUGGAUAUAAAUUCAGGUAUGCUCAGUUUUUGUUGAUGUACCUUGCAGCAUGCAUGUCCUUGUAACCUAACAAUAUUAUUCAAAAAGCAUUCUUAUUUUUAAAAGAAAAGUGAGAAAUUAACUCUAACAGCUGUUCAAAGUUUACCUUCGAAAUAGUGUUUUAAAUUUUAUUUGUCUCAUUCUAUAUUUACUUAAUAUUUUUUAAUAUAUUAUAGUUACAUGUAUUACAUGGAGAAACCUUGAUUGGUAGUUUGAUGAAAUCUUUAAUAUUAUUAGUAGUUUCAUAAAAUCUGUAUCGCACUGCUUGACAAUUCAACCUUUUACCUGGCAUGUUCCAUCCCUUCCCUCCCUCCACCUUCCCUUUCCCACUGAUAAUAAGGAGGUUGGAUGUGAUCAUGGUGUGAUUAUUGGUUAUUUUUUCUUUGGGGCAUAAUGCAAUGUGAUCAAUCCUAUCUUAUAUGAAGAACUUACCAGUAGAAUAAGGCCAGACCACAAUACUUAGAGCUCUAUACCUUACUCUUGGUGUAAACUGUGUGGGGUUUUUAAACAUCCCCUGCCACCCAAUUUGCAAUGAAGAUGCUACAGACAGAGCUUAUUGUUUUUAUCCAAAAAGUCUCAUUAUUUGCACAUGACAUCAAAAUGGCAGCAGAUUCUCUUUCAUUAAACCCUCAAACUCUGUGUGCAAACAAUUGACUAUUUGAAAACUGGCCAUAUAAUGACUUUUUCUUUUAGAUGCCAAGGACAAGGAACAGUUAACAAAGUAUGGAAUAACACAUGUUGUGUCCAUUCAUGAUAAUGCACAGGCACUGAAUGAGGUAAUUUACUGUUAAUUUUAAAAAUGUGCAUUGAUUUUUACUGACUCGUGUGUUUUCAGCUUUUCAAAGAGAUUAGGGCCCAUGAGCCAUGAUUUGUUAUGAGGAAAUCAUACAAGACUUGACUGGUAUUAUGUGAUAGUGUGAUUUCAUUUACAAUUGAAUCAAAUAACAUAAUCUGAAAAAAAAAAAAAGCCUUCAUGUAUAUUUUCCUAACUUGAACAAAAUAAAUGACAAGGGGUUAUGUUAACUUUUAAUAACCUUCUAAAGAACCUCUGGAACAAUUUUAUUACUUCACUGGCUGUAUACUAAAUUUUUCAGUUUCAAAAUUAUAAUUGCCACAUAAAAGAGUCUUAGAGUUUUUAGAUUUGUGUAGGUUGAAUAAAUCGAGACCUAUAAUGGAGUUAAGAGUUCUAAACUGGGGCAAUUUUCACCUUUUCAGAAUCUAAUUUACAAGUGUUUUCAUGCAGCUGAUUCUCCUGAUCAAGAAAUGUAGGUUAUGUAAUCCAGUAAUUAUAAGAAAAAAAUAUUUUUAAGCAAUCAAUCAUGGAAAAAGUUUUUAAUAAUGGUAAUAGGACUGAUUGGAGUCCAAUUCUGUCUGUAAUCGUAUGAGUGAUAACAAGAUCGGACAACUGCGCAGUAGGAGUGUAAUUUGCUGAUCAUGAAUAUGAUUACAGACUGAAUUGGAAGACACAAAGUCUUUUUACAAAUUAAUCUUGAAAAUUACAAUUUCCAAGAAAAGAGAAAUAGCCAAAAUAUUUGCAUUAAAAGACUGACAAAGGAGGUAACAAAUUGUUUAAUAUCACUUUGAAAUUGACUACAAUCAAAAUUAAUUGAAUAUGAUUGGUUGAUUUAAACUACAACUUUGAAUGUGAUUGGCUUAGUGAACUGUCAGAUAACAAACUGUCUGAUAACAACUUGGCAUGUGAAUUAGUGGAGAAGAGGAGUUAUUUUAUAGCAAGGAAAAUUUAAUUUUUAUGAUUAUUGUUGUCAUUAUUUUUAUUUUUAUUAAAUAGUUGUAGUUUAAUUGCAGAGGUAAUUGUACAGAUGUAUGUGAUCUGAAUGUUUGUAAUAAUAUGUGGGUAAAUAUUGACUUUGAGUACAUAUGUUGCUGUAGAACUAACUAAAGUUAGGCUAAUUCAAUGAUACAAUUGCAUCAAGCCUAAUCUUCUUGAAGGCUUAAAUAUAUUGCUGCAAUCUGAAAAGAAAAACACAGCAAAUUCCAUUCCAAGCUUGGGUAAAUCUUUAUGUUAUAAAAGCUUUCCACACUUUGGUUUGUUUGAUUUUUUAUGGAGUCCAGCUAUAGAUGAGGGUUGCUCUUUCAGUGUUUGGAAUAGCAACAAUUGAGAAAUCUUUUUUGCAAAUUUUCAGAUCAGUUUACUUCAAGGAGAGCAUUGAUUUUAUUCACAACUGCAGGUAAAUGAUCCUCAUAGAAAGAUCCAUAUCCUUCGUCAUCUUUACUUAUUACUUAGUUAGCGGAUGUUUUGUCCCUGGAUCGAAAUGAAUUUGGGUUAAACUGAUUUUAAACCAGUUUUAUAAUUCUUUUCCUUUGAUUCAGAUAAAUUAUCAUGCAUAAUUCUGAAGCAAAACAAAACAACACAAAAAUUAAAAGUACAUUUUAAAAUUAACGUACAUUUUAGUCUGUUAGCUACACUGUUAGUUGCAUUUAUUUGUAAGCAAGUUUAUUUCCUUUUAUUUCAGGUUAAACGGUGGAGCAUGCUUAGUUCAUUGGUAGGCAACUGAUGAUUUCUACAGUUCUGACUUCUCCUUUAAUGAAAAUGCAACUUAUACAAUUUAUUAAGCAAAUUGCUUUGUGAAGUUGAAAUGAACAGUUGCCAUUUCGACAAUGGCAACUUGGAGGACUGAAAAAGAUAUGGAUGUAAUUUUAAAGCUUUUUUUAUGUUGAUAAGAUUUUAAUGGUUUUUUUAUUAUUAAUAUGCUUUUCGGAGCACAUAAAUUUAUCUUUCAAAAUCGAAAUAAGUGAUGACAUAUUUAUGGUAAAGAAACCAAAAACUGUUUUUUUCUUAAGAAAAGUGUUAACUAAACAAAGCGAGUGAGGUUAGUUAGUGAAUGAAUUUGAGUAAUGUUCGAUCUUGAGAGCGCCUUUCGAGUGAAUGUCGUAAAAUUAUUAUCAAAGUUCCCGUAAUCAUAAUGGCCAAUCAGAGAAAGGAAAAUUUUACAAGGAGCAAGUGAGACCUCAAAUUAAAAAACACCAUCAAACUGCCUGAAGCGCGGGAAAACGCGGGUGACUAUGAAGCGAAUGGUGAGUUUUAUAUUUGAUUGGUUGAGAGAGUGGCGCGCAUUUUCUGAUUCAAUUGUAAACAAAGGCUACCAAGGAUACUAUCUUUGCCGGGAUUAGAAAAAGUUGCCCAGGUAAGAAGGGGGCCGUUGGAAAUUUGAUAUUUUGAAUAGUCCGGUAUCGAAUCGAAUUGAAGGUUCGACUGUACAAAAGAGUUGUCCUAUCCAAGUUGCUUAUAGUUGUAAACUGAAGCUAUAUGUUCUUCAGACAUGUGGCAUGUUCACUUGAAUUUUGUUUCUAGUGAUUUUAAUGAGCAUUCCUUUUCUGUUGUUGCUGUUCUUUUUCCUCAAGCAUGGCGGGAGUGUCUCGCUCAACAACACUUGUAGCAGCGUAUAUCAUGGCAGUAACUCAGCUCGAUUGGAGAGAGGCUCUUAAAGCAAUUAAAUGUGCAAGACCUAUAGCUAACCCAAAUUACGGAUUUAAAAGACAACUACAAGAUUUCUACAACUUACAUGCACCUCAGGUACUAAAAAACUUGUGAGAGACAUGCAUUUUCAUUUAGAAAUGAUGCCUGUAUCGUAUUUCAUGUAAGAUAAACUUAAAAAGCCAAAUUUAGUUCAUGGUAAGCUUAAUGUUUGACUCAGUACAGUUUCACAAAACCGACUUUUAUGUUCGUCGCUUCUAUGCCACCAGCACUAAUUGUCCAGUGUUGCUUCCUGAGAGAUCACCGUGAUCCAAUGUUUUUUCCUUUCCUGAGCUAGUUGCUUUAGUUACUCGAAGAAGAAGAUUUAAACGCAGCGCUUGAUCGGGGGGAUGAGGUGAAGGAACUCGGAAACCAAGGACUUCUGGAUUGCACGCCUCACUCCGUGCUCACAACUUCCCUUGUCGAAAGGGAAACUUUAGAUAGAAAGUGGUAAUUUCAGUUUCUGAGUUUUCCAUGAAACUUUGUUUUUAUAAAAUCAGGAACGUGAAAGACUAAAAAGAGAGUUUCCUAACCCAAAAUAUAAUGACGAGGAAUUACUCCGAGACGUUAUGGCAAAAAGUGAGAACAACGAUGAUUCAGAAGAUCGCACGGAUGAUGUUAUGGACGCUUUAUGUAGACGUACACACAGGACUAAAAUUCAAUCAAUCGACAAGGAAAAUGAGGAAACAAUGGAUUCCGUAGGCGAGGAAAAGAUUGACUCAAUAGGCGAGGAACCUCCACCGAAUACAGCUGUAGAGAAUUAGAAUAUUUUCGUAGGGUUUUUUGCUUUGUUUUUCAGUUUUUGUCGCGAUUUAUGCUUCACUAGUUACAUGUAUUAGAAGAGAAAUCAUCACAAAUGGAAGUUAUACACAAAUUCUAAUCCAAUUCCCACACUGGUGCUUUUACUCAAAGUCUCAGAUGUUCGUUUUAUUGCUAUUUAAGCAAUAGACCGCACUUUCAAUCGGUUUACCGUCGUAAAACCCCUCGUGGGAUGCUGACAGAACAUGAGAAAUGUUUGUAAUUCGUACACGCCAAGGGCACGUGGUGUACAAACUUUUUUAGUGUUCUCCUAACAUUACGACAACAAAACAAUAGUAAGUGCGGUCUAUUGCUUUUAUGAAAUACACGAGACAAGUUUCAAUUUUCUUUGGGUUACAA